GGAGACAUAACCCGCCGAACCAGUUAAGCAGAGGUAUCCCCCGCCACAUCUUUACCGCAAGGAGAUACCUGAUAUGUACGGUACUCCUUCUGGCAGUUCUCGUCAGAUCCGUCACUAUCACCCGUUAGUAUUUUCGUAGCCUGGCUGAAACUCGCAGAAGCUAGGAUUUAAGUAUGACCUCAAUUGGAUGUAACCACUAUCUCCGUCGACGCUACCUUACCUUAUUUUACAAGAUGCCCGGAAAAAAAAGAGUGAUAUGUGAUGAGGAGACAGCGGAGAUAGCUAAGCAAAAGCCGACCAUGAUGAUGACUCUUCGGUCCUAAAUGGUGUAUGGCUCGCUUGAUAAUCAAUUAGUAGCGACUAUUGAUACACUAUGUAUAAAUAGAUGUCCAUUAUUUAGUCUCCGUUCUUGGAGCUUUUUCUUCAAACUGAUCUCUCUCCUUCUCCCUCUCAGAGUGUGCCAUCGAUCAGCCCUGAGUUACGACUGUCCUCUCUGCUUAUAACCUUCUAUAACCAAAAUAGUAACGGUAUUCUUCCCAGGUGAAGAAAGUUAGACAAGCUUCCGGCCUCGACUGUGUUAUCAUCCCGCGGCUGUGGCCUUAGUCAGGUACCCCCACAUCAAGCUAACAGGUAGCUAUCCCCCUAGCAGAACCAUGGCGACCUCUUACACCAUCAAUUCCGCUUUCAAGUUAAACAGCGGCUAUGAAAUCCCUCUACUGGGUUUCGGUGUAUACUUAACCCCGCCAGAGGAGACUGAGAGGGCCGUUGCCGAUGCACUCAAAGCCGGCUACCGCCACAUCGACUCGGCCGUCUUUUACCACAACGAAGACGGCUGUGGCAAAGCUAUCAAGGCCAGCGGGCUACCGCGGUCUGAGAUCUAUUUCACAACCAAGAUUCCGCCAAACCUAAUGUCAUACGAUGCCACUAAGGCACAAGUCGACAAGAGUCUGAAAACUGCGGGCCUGGACUACAUCGAUCUCAUACUCAUCCAUGCGCCGUAUGGUGGCUCAGGGGCCCGAAAAGGAGUGUGGAAAGCACUCGUGGAAGCUGUUGAGGAGGGCAAGGUCCGAUCCAUCGGUGUCAGUAACUAUGGUGUCCAGCAUCUCGACGAGUUAGAAAAGCACAUUGCGGAACUUGAAGUCGAACGAGGCGGUAAGGGCAAAGGAGGUGUCAUCUCAGUCGGCCAGUGGGAGAUUCACCCAUGGUGCCGUCGCGAGGAUAUCGCCGAAUGGUCUAAGAAGCGCAACAUCGCCGUCGAAGCCUACUGUCCCGUUGUCAGGGGUGAGCGAUUCGGCGACCCGACUCUGGUUAGCCUCGCCGAGAAAUACGGCAAGACUCAAGCUCAGAUCUUGAUUCGAUGGAGCUUACAGAAGGGUUAUCUCCCGCUUCCUAAGAGCGUCACACCUUCCCGAAUUAUCGAGAACGCCGCAAUCUACGACUUUGACUUGUCCCAGGAGGACGUCGAGAAGUUGAACACGGACGUAUAUGCCCCUAUUGCCUGGGACCCUACUGUGGCUAGUCUAGACGACUAAAUGCAGUGAACCCCUUUUAGGAAUUUAGAGGAUGGUAACAUAGCGUUUGACUAUAGUAACUGCAAUUAGUUAAUAUACACAGUCUUCCAACUUAGCCCACGUCACGUUAGUGUAGGAGAGCUUUUGUCAAGACGUCCAUAGUUCAAUCAUGAAGAUUAACUACCGGUUAUGCGAAGUAAAACAUCGGGCCAAACAAUUACCCAAGUCUCAAGUUUCGCCUAUAUUAAUGCUUAGCUAAAGGACAAUUGUCGGAAUAUAUGACUAUACUCGACAAUAAGCAC